AAGGCUGUGAUCUCUCACAGGCUACACUAAGCUGUUCUCGGUCUGCCUGCUGCUCUCCGGACAGGCAUUGCUGUAGUCACCUAAGUGUUUGGGGUCCUGAUACACAGAGCCCCAUGUGCAGACACUUCCUGGUUAGCGGAAGCAGAGCCGAGCAUCAUUGAAGAGAACCUGUUCCCACAAUGAAGGUGGUGGCUUUAAUCAGUGGCGGAAAGGACAGUUGCUACAAUAUGAUGCAGUGUGUCAUGGCAGGUCACCAAAUUGUUGCUCUUGCUAACUUGAAGCCUCCUGACAGUGCAGUGGAUGAAUUGGACAGCUACAUGUACCAAACAGUUGGCUACCAGGCAUUGGAUCUUUAUGCAGAAGCAAUGGGGUUACCGCUGUAUCGUGCUACACUGUCUGGUGCCAGCCUGAACAUAGGAAGAGGAUAUACUCCCCAAGAAGGAGAUGAGGUUGAGGACCUGUAUCGCUUACUAAAGAUGAUUAAGGAAAAGGAGUGCGUAGAUGCUGUAUCUGUUGGAGCCAUCCUGUCUGACUACCAGCGUGUUCGAGUAGAAAAUGUGUGUCAACGCCUUGGUCUGCAGCCAUUGGCUUAUCUCUGGCGAAGGAAGCAGGAGGACCUUUUGGAUGAAAUGAUAUCCAGUGGUUUGCAAGCCAUACUCAUCAAGGUAGCUGCGUUUGGAUUAGACCCUGAAAAGCACCUUGGGAAGACAUUGGAAGAGAUGAGGCCCUAUCUGAAACAGCUCUCUGCUCUGUAUGGUGUCCAUGUGUGUGGAGAAGGAGGAGAAUAUGAGACCCUCACCUUGGACUGCCCCCUCUUUUCAAAAGAGAUUGUUGUUGAUUCCACGGAGGUGAUGAUGCAUUCUAAUGAUGCCUUUGCUCCUGUGGCUUAUCUUCGAAUGCUGAAGCUUCAUUUGAAGGAUAAAGCCGGCAGUACAGUGCUGAAAUCAGGAGAGCCGUGUCCUUGUGAUAUAGACCAACUUGUACCACAUGAAACAGAGCUGCACACCGAAACACAACAUCAACCCUUGGUUUUAUUACCCCAGGAAUGGUCAUCAGGUAGUGGUGUCCAUUGGUCAUCGCAGACAUGCAGCGGAUUCCGGUGGAUUAGUGAAGUUACAUCCUGCAGUGGUAAUGUACAGGAAGCCACCCUUUCGGGCUUGUCAUCAUUGAAAGCGCAAGUGGAAGAGAAUGGUCUACAGAUGAGUGAUGCUGUACUGGUUCACUUAUAUGUCCAAAACAUGGACGACUUUACUGCCAUUAAUGCUGAAUAUGGGAGACUCUUCUCUGUGGCACCCCCUGCUCGAGUAUGUGUGCAGUGUUGUCUACCGCGGGACACUCUCUUUAAGAUGGAUGUUCUCUUCUGGCUGCCUGUCGCUAGCAGGGAUGACUUCACUGCAGAAAAGAUAGCCAUGCAUGUCCAGAGCAUCUCCCACUGGGCGCCCGCUAACAUUGGGCCCUACAGCCAAGCUGUGCGGGUUGGCAGUGGCGUGUUCUGUGCUGGACAGAUUGCAUUGAAGCCAUGCACCAUGCAGCUGGUUCCUGGAGGAAUUCUAGCUGAAAGUCAUCUCUCCUUGCGCCACGUUGAAAGAGUCUUGGAUGCUGUCGCCCCUGGUACUUCUUUGAGGCAUGUGAUGGUUGCUCAGUGCUAUGUGACACAGAACUCCUACAUACACACAGCCCUAGAAGCAUGGAAAGAAUCAUUUAAACACCAGGAUGUUACUCCUAUGCUCACCUUGGUUGUAGUUCCGAGACUUCCACGUGGGGCUGUGGUAGAAUGGCACGUUUUGGCUACUUCAAGUGAUCCUGUUGACCAGAGUCAUUUCUCGUCAUCCAUACAGAGAUCGGGCUAUCAUGCAAUGUUUGAAGGCUCCAUAUCAAGCUGUAAGACAUGUGCCUCCCUUGUCCUGUCAGUCUCUGCUUCUUCACCCCAGAAACCUGUGUUAGACUGUCACCAUGUGAGCGCUCUUAUAGAAGAUGGUCUCCAGAAAGCUUUCUCAGAACUUUCUUCACAACAUCUAAUACCAUUGUGUUGCAGAACUUUCUACAGGAGCAACAAUUUAGAGUUGCAAAGUCUCCAAGAAGAUUUUCUGGUGAUUCUGAAAAAGGUGUGGGGGAAGAACGCGCCGUGUCUUGUGCUGGUACCUGUAAUAGACCUGCCCAGUUCUGAACUCCUAAACAUGUCUUUCUGGCUCAGUUGUUGAUCCCAUGGAAAGGAACAUUUAAAUCUGGACUAAAAGACCAAAAAAAAAAAAAACAUAAUUUGUGCCCUUUGGUCUAAUCACAGCGAGUGUAUAAAGUCUUAUUUUAAACAGUGAAAAGGGUUAACAACAUUACAAAAUGUGUUGUCUUUGGAAGCUAUAGCUUAUUUGAACUUUUUUAUUCAUAUUAAACCUGAAAUAUUUUCUAUUAAACCACAACCAAC